AUGGCUCGUGUCUCGCCCACCUUCGCCGAGCUCCAGAGCCUUUCGGCCGCUUGUAACAAACUCUGGGCGCUGGACACGAAUCGUCUGGAGCCGAAUGUUCACUAUGAGCUGAACGUGCAGGAAGGAAAGAAUGCAUUUGUACGUGGAGACGUUGCACGCGAGGCGCUGUUUGCGUUUGUGCACCCGAGCGUGUUUGAGCGCCCCACGUUCAAGCUGCUGUUUGAGCUACUGGACAAUUACGAGCGCGAGACGGGAAUAAGUGAGAGAGUGACGCCCAGGGAACUAGCAGAGAACAAUGCGUUCCUCAACGCUGUGAUUGAGACGACGCCCAUGCGCUAUGCUCAUGCGUGGCUGGUGAAAAAUAAGAAAUUCACGGGAGAUCUGAGCGAUUUUAAGAAGAAGCUGGAGUUUCUCUGGUUUGGACUGUAUCGACGAGAAGUGCGCAACGACUCGUCGGGCUUCGAGCAUGUCUUUGUCGGGGAGCUGAAGAACGGUAAGAUUUGUGGUUGCCACAAUUGGCUGCAGGUGUACAAUGAAGAGCGUCAUGGCCGCAUCGACUACAUGGGCUACAUCCGUCCUCGACAACGCGGCUGUCGAUUUAUGGAGCCGCACAGUAAGGAGCAGCUGAUUACCUUCCAGUUCCAGUGGGAAGACAACAUGAAGCCAGUGUCGACAAGUUUGAUCGGAGUAAGUCCAGAAUUCGAAAUGGCCUUGUACACUUUGUGUUUCCUCAACGGCCAAGAGAACAAUCAGGUGCAACUCGGUCCGUACCUGUGCAAUAUCAAGUGCUUUAGCUUUGGCCGUGGCAAGGACACCAGGAUUGGCACGGCCUUCCCCGAAGCACUGCCGCUAACAGAAGCGCAAGCUGCAACAAAGAUUCAGGCUAUCAUGCGUGGUAGCCGCACGCGCAUUCUGAACCCAAACGUUCGUCGUCAGGCACCACCUCCUCCUCUCGGCGCAGCCUGGGGCCCGCCACCUGGAGUGGUAGCCACAUCGAUCGUGCAGGUUAAGGUUUACUCAGCUACAACCGUAUCGGUGGAUUCUUGUAUCCAUCCUGGUGCUGCGGCGCCAGCUGGUACGAAGCCCACCGGCGCUUGGGCCCAGCCACGCAAAUGGUAA